CGGGGCGGUCAUCUCGCGUUUUGUUUUUAGAACUUGCCUGCCUGUGCUCGCUCCCCUAGGACAGACCUCGACUUUCUCCACCAUGGCCGACGUUUCCGACUCCCGCAUCCCCGAGGCUUACGCCGACGUCCGCAACGACAACACCGACACCAACUGGGCCCUGUUCGCCUACUCCGACGACACCAGCAACACCAUCGUCGUUGCUGACUCCGGCUCCGGUGGCCUCGAGGAGUUCAAGGCUGCCCUCGCCAAGGUCGAUGCCGGCUACGGCUUCCUCCGCUUCACCGUCGGCAACGACGAGCUGAGCAAGCGCGCCAAGUUCGUCUUCGUUUCUUACACUGGCCCCAGCUGCCGCGUCCUCCGCAAGGCUCGUGUCUCCAUCCACCAGGCCGACCUCAAGACCCACAUCAAGGACUUCUCCAUCCAGAUUGGCAUUGAUGACGUCCACGACCUCAAGGAGUCCGACAUCCUCACCCAGCUGAAGAAGGCCAUGGGUGCCAACUACGAUCGCCAGGCCUCCGGCUACUAAACGCGCGCUCUGUGUGUGUGGUACACCAGGGCUUCCCUCCCGGGGCGCCUCAUAGGUGCGCGCGCGACCGUUCGCGCGUGUGCACACUCCCCACCGCUCUCUGCCCACGCGCGCGCGCGCGCGUGCCUGCAUGUGCGUGCCUUUUUUGGCUCCCAUGACGUCGUCACUGCUGGGCAGCGACGGCGGGGAGGGCCUCAGUGUGCAUUGCCUCCUUUCUCCUCCAUAUGCAAGGCGGCGAUGCUCGCUGCUGCGCACAGGAUGAUGUGCAUCCCUCUGUUCUCCUUCCCUCCCCUUUCUCGCUCUCUCGCUCUCUCCUGCUGCGCGCCCUCCCCCUACCUGGGGGGGGGACGCGCGUGAGGUGAGGGUGGGCCGAGGCAGAGAGAGAGGCCGGCGGACCAAGCCCAGGGGGUGCGCGCCUUCCUGCGAGAAUAUACAGUCCUUUUCCAAACA